GCCACAUGACGCUAACACGUGAUUGAACAAAACAAAAUAAAAGCAAAGCAAUCAGGAACCAACAGACGAUCAUCAUCUCCUCACCAAACCAGCAGACGUGCAGCCGAACGAGAGUGCACAGCAGGUAAAGAUGUUCGGGAGCUUGCUGUUUGUGUUAUUUUUUGGCGCGGCAUUGGCCCAUUUUAACUCUAAUCUAGACCAACAUUGGAAGAUGUGGAAGAAGACGCAUGGCAAAAAUUACACCAGUGAGGUUGAAGAACUGGGCAGGAGGGAGGUUUGGGAAAGAAACCUUCAGAUUAUCACCAUCCACAACCUGGAAGUCUCUAUGGGCAUGCAUUCAUAUGAUCUGGGCAUGAACCACAUGGGUGACAUGACAUCAGAAGAGAUCUUGCAAACGUUAGCUGUGACCCGGGUCCCUCCGGGCUUCAGGAGGCAAGUGGCAAGAUUCAGGGGCUCCUCUGGGAAUGCUCCCCCAGAGUCUUUGGACUGGAGAGAGAAGGGCUAUGUCACUGGUGUUAAGAUGCAGGGUGCCUGUGGUUCAUGUUGGGCGUUUAGCUCUGUUGGGGCUCUCGAGGGUCAGUUGAUGAAGACCACUGGAAAGCUGGUUGACCUCAGUCCUCAAAAUCUGGUGGACUGUUCCUCCAAAUAUGGCAACAAGGGCUGCAAUGGUGGUUUCAUGAGUUCUGCCUUUCAGUAUGUCAUCGAUAACGGUGGAAUAGACCCAGAGACAUCUUACCCUUAUGAAGCAGUGCAAGGGCAGUGCAGAUACAAUCCAUCCAUGCAUGCAGCAAACUGCACAAAGUACUAUUUCACCCCUUCGGGAGAUGAGAAUGCACUGAAACAGGCACUGGCCGAUAUCGGGCCCAUUUCAGUGGCCAUCGACGCUACCCGGCCCCAGUUUAUCAUGUACCGCAGUGGAGUUUACAGUGACCAAACCUGUACCAAAAAUGUGAACCAUGCAGUACUGGCUGUGGGUUAUGGAUCAUUGGAUGGACAAGACUAUUGGUUGGUCAAAAAUAGCUGGGGCGUCACUUUUGGAGAUGGUGGUUAUAUCCGGAUAGCCAGAAAUCAGAACAACAUGUGUGGCAUUGCCUCAUAUGCCUGCUAUCCGGUUAUGUAAUGGAAACAUUCUUGACAUUUGUAAAGAUCAAAAAAGAGGAAACUGUACAUUUUUGUUGUGGGUAAUGUUUUGUAAAUGUAAAUUGUUUUUAAAUCUUUCUUUUUAAUGUUCCUAUAUCUUGUAUCCUAUCUUACAAAAUAAAUAUAUACAUUUUA